GAAACCCCCAUUCGGAACCGCGUUCCGCGGUGUUCCGCCGCGCCAUGGCGCCGCGGCAGCUCCCGGACGGCUUUGGGGCGUCGCCGCUGUUGGUGAUGGCGCCGAUGGUGAAACAAAGCGACCGGGCCUUUCGGGCACUGGUGAGGUCCUAUGGAUGUACCCUUUGCUACACCGAAAUGUUUAUGGCAGAGGACUUUGCAAGCUCGGCGGAGUAUCGGCAGAGAGCGCUGGGAGAUGGUGUGGAUGCGGAGGAUCAUCCGCUGGUGGUGCAGUUUGCAGCCAACGAUGCAAAGAGCUUGCUGCCAGCCGCCUUGAAAGCGCAAGAGAUGGGUGCCGAUGGUGUCGACUUGAAUUUGGGCUGUCCACAGCGGCGCGCCAGGGAAGGUCGAUAUGGAGCCUGGUUGGCGAACGAUGAAACUGAAUGGCCUGGCAUUGCCAAGAUGCUGAAAGAGUGCUCGGACUGCUCAGAGCUGCGCAUCCCAUUGAGCUGCAAGAUACGCCUGCAGCACACACUAACAGCCACCAUGAAAUUUGCUCAGCUGUUGGAAGCCUCGGGAUGUGCACUGCUGACCAUCCAUGGCAGGAAGCUUCUCUGUAGCAAGAGCAAGCAUCGUGAGGGUCCAGCAGAUUUGGGGGCCAUAGCAGCCGUCCGUGGCGUUUUGCGCAUUCCGGUGCUGAGCAACGGCAACGUGCGCUGUCCGGCGGAUGUGGCGCGGAAUCUGCGGAGCACUGGCUGUGAGGGCAUCAUGGUGGCAGAGCAGUUGCUGAAUGACCCUGCCCUCUUCGCGCGUGCCACCGCAAUCGGAGCAUUUGCUGCCGGGCCUGGCCCUAGUGCAGAGGAGUUGGUGGACGAAUACCUGGCACAUUGUGCAACCUUCGGUGCUGAGGAUGAGAACGUGUGUUUUUCCACCUGGGGCGCCAGUAAUGGGCAUGUGAUCCGCGAACACGUGCAGAGGAUGAGAUCAGAGAGGGGACCUGCAUCCUAUGCAUCUCAAGAUCACAAAGCAAUGAAGAGGACUGCCAAAAGAACCGCAGAAGCCGCCGGCUUCGCGGCGCAACGCAGGUAUCGGAACUACAUUCUUGGAGCACCAGUAGCACCAGUGGCAGAUUGCUUUGUGGUUUGUUCCCCACCAGUCUUCAACACUCAACAGCUGGAGCCCCCUGCAAAUCCCAGGGCACGGCAUCGCCCUGUGCCGUUGCAUGGCACUCCGCCUUUGCCAAACCUGGUCCAGCUACCAGCCCGGUGCUGGGUCCGCGUGGUGCCGGCGCGGCAGCAAGCCAUGUGGCAACGUCGGGCGCGGUGGGUCUGCAGGCCGCUGCCAACGCCCCAGCUGCCACAGUGGGAGGCUGAGGUGGUGGAACAGCACCCGCAGCAGCGAGCCACACAGGUGCCAGACAGGUUGAAAGCAACGCCUGCUGGGUUCAAUGGCAGCAGGCGCCACAUGGCUGUCGGGAGAUUGAUGGAUGGGGCGAGAGAGAGCAUCAUAGAGAGGAAGGAGGCGCCAAGGGAAGGAGGACCCCACCUGAACCUUUGGCAGCCACUCAUGACAGACUCCAACCAGCCUUUCAUUCCAUUGCCCCCGAAAUCACCUCAUGUGUGCACCGCGCACACCAAGCCGCCGCCAGACGUGUCGUUGCCACCACUUCCACCAACAACUUCUUUGGAGGGACAAAAACCACAGUGCCGGACCUGGAAGGUCCAUGUCCAGGUCACGACCAGGAAGCGCGCCAUUACGCUGGGUAUCCCGGACGAGCACACCUGGCACACCUGGCACACCUGGACCAGGGCAUUACAGCCCCAAGGGCACAAGGCCGAGCCCUUGUAUGUCAGAGCCUACGAGGGUCAGAAGUCUCAACUGGGCUCGACCAGCCCUGUGGUGAUGCAGACAGCGGUGAAUCUGGCAGGGCUGAAACAGGCCCGUGGCCUCCUGGACGAAGCUGAAGCUUUGGACAGAGAGGCGAUGCAAGGCUGCCGCGAGUUGCUGGGCACCUGCAAUGAACAAACGCUGCAGAGCGGCAACUGCUUAGCCAGGCUCUUGCACGAGCAGGGAAUGCUGCAGGAGUCAGAGGAGCUCAUGCUGGAGGUCUUGGAGGGCCGCAUGAGAUUGUUGGGUGAAAGCGACCCGGCGACCCUGACGACCCUGAACAACCUGGGUGGCUUGUACUUCACCUGGGGCCGUUGGGCAGAGGCAGAACCGCACUUCUUCGCAGCCCUUGAAGGGCGCCGUGCGGUGCUAGGACGACAGGAUCCGGCGACGCUUCAGAGUGCCAACAACCUGGCGGCGCUCUUUCAGGCACGCGGGCGACUCGACAAGGCCGAACCCUUGUAUCGCGAGUCGCUGGCGGGCCGGCGGAACGUCUUGGGAGACAUGCACCCAGACACCCUGACGAGUUGCAGCAAUUUGGCCUCGCUUCUGCACACCUUGAACCAGCUUGAGGAGGCGGAGAAACUGAUGAACGAAGCGUUGAACGGCCGUCGCUUGCUGUUGGGGAACAUGCACAAAGAUACCUUGACCUCCAUCAACAACCUUGCAGGGCUCAUGCGAACGCGGGGAAAGCAUGAGGAAGCAGAAGAUCUCUACGAGGAGGCGCUGAGGGGUCGGAAGGAUUUGUUGGGCAGUGCCCAUAUGGACACCUUGAUGACGGCCAACAACUAUGGCUGGGCAGCCUGCGGGGUGGAAGAGAAUCACCCCCUACAUCAACCGGUCAGCAGAAAACUAAACUCCAAUUACCCUCUGGUAAAUAAACAUAGACCCUGA